AUGCUUGGCAAAGGCGGACGGGCACUUGCUCGUUCUGCCAACGUGCAAACACACAAGUCGCGGCCCUUAGCUUCUGUGGCAAACGUGGAAAUCCCACUAGGCAUUUCCAACAACGCUCGGUUUCCAUAUGAAGAUCGAUACGCUGAAGUCAUCAAGACCAAGAAGGAAGACAAGUCCUACCGUUACUUCCGGAAUGUGAAUCGUCUGGCGCACGAGUUUCCUCUUGCCCACUCCACUGAAGAAGGGAAGAAGAUCAACGUAUGGUGCACCAACGAUUAUCUGGGUAUGGGUGGCAAUCCUGAAGUCUUGAAGACUAUGCAUGCCGUUCUCGACCGCUACGGAGCUUGCUCUGGCGGAUCUCGCAACAUUUCUGGUCACAACCGCUUUGCAGUGUCGUUGGAACGCACGCUCGCGAAACUUCACGGAAAGGAGUCGGCUUUGUACUUCAGCUCCGGUUAUGUUGCCAACGACUCUGCCCUCACUGUCCUUGGACAACAGCUCCCCGGUUGCGUUUUUCUUUCGGAUGCGUCCAACCACUCCUCUAUCAUCGAGGGUAUUCGCCAUUCUGGAGCCAACAAACUUGUUUGGAGACAUAACGACCUUGAUGACCUCGAGCGUAAACUUGCGGCUAUUCCUCCGGGAGUGCCCAAGAUCAUCUGCUUUGAGUCGAUCUACUCCAUGUGCGGCACGGUUGCGCCCAUCACUGAAAUUUGUGACCUCGCUGAGAGAUAUGGCGCAAUCACGUUCCUGGAUGAGGUGCAUGCUGUUGGCCUUUACGGGCCCCACGGUGCCGGGGUCUCAGAGCAUCUGGACUUUGAGGCCCACAGCUCGGGCGACUACGAAGGCACGGUGCUUUCUCGUAUCGACAUUGUCACCGGCGCUUUGGGCAAAGGCUUUGGUACUAUGGGAGGGUAUGUCGCUGGUUCAAGCGACCUCGUUGACAUGAUCCGUUCGUUGUCACGAGGCUUCAUCUUCACCACCGCGGCCCCUCCCGCGACCAUGGCUGGAGCCGAGGCCGCAAUCAAGUUCCAGGGACAAAACCCCCAGGACAGGAUCCAGCUUCAGCGCAACACCCGCUUCGUCAAGCAGCGCUUGCUCAAGCACGGUAUUCCUGUCUUACCAAACACCUCCCACAUUGUCCCUGUGAUGGUAGGAGACGCUGAACGCUGCAAGAUCGCUGCGGACAUUCUCUUCGAUGAGUAUGGCAUCUAUGUUCAGCCCAUCAACAGCCCUAGUGUCCCUGUUGGACAGGAGCGCCUCCGCAUUUCCCCGACAGCUUCGCAUACGCUGGAACACCAAGACAAUCUCAUCAAUGCUUUGAUCAAUAUUUGGGACAGGCUUGAGCUGAGGAGGCUGGAUGAGUGGGCGAAGGACGAACAUGGCCACGUGGCUGAGGGGUGGGAGACCACCGGCCUUGAAGCUCCAGUUUGGAGCAAUAAGCAGCUGGGGCUCCCGGAGGAUACGCAGUUUAACGGAGACAAGCUCGGGUUCCCUGUAGCAAAUCUGUCGCCGUUGGCUUCGGGAAGAAGAGCGCUGGAGGACACUAGACUCCUUUAG